AUAUAGAACUACAUUAUAUAACGUUCUUUCUAACUUUUUAAGCGGUUAAAUGUGACCUGAGGGAGAGAUGGUUGUUAUUUUUCGCAGGUUGAACGAUUACACUGAAGAUCGCUGACAUAAAGCCUGGAAUAUGUUUGAAGAAGAGAAAUGUUUUCACCUGACACCGUUUAAUUAUGGCCGCAUCCAUGCUAUCUCACAGAGAUUGUGUAACUUAGUUUCGUUUAUGAUUUAAAUUAAAAGCAAUAAACUACUGAAGGAAUAUUUCAGUGAACAUGUUUAAACUAUAGAAAGAUUGCUAUCACCAAACAAAUCAUAUUUAUUCGUCUCACAUCAUUUAAAUUUCGAUCUCGGUGAAGAAACCAUGACUUUUGAAAUUGUGGAAAAACUAAAGGUAAAAGCUGAAAGUAUUUCAGCCAACCACAUUUCUGUUAUAGUCCUUCUGUUCCUCAUCGUGUAUCUCUUCCGUGCUGAUGAUAUCUACAACCUGCAGCCAAUGUGGAGAAAGCGGGCUGACACUCACCUCUAUGCCAAUGGGAAAUAUCCUUUAGAAAAUGAAGCAUUACCAUCACCCAUUGUGACCGAUCUCGACAGUGAUGGCACCAAUGAAAUCAUCCUGCUCUCAAAUGACAUGAAACUCAGCAUCCUUGUUUUACCAGACGUUGAUAACAGAGACGAAGAAGACAAAAUCCUUCCUCACGUCAUUGUCAAAUGCAAGACUAUGUUGAGCCCCAAGUCUGAGCAGUUAGGCUGGCCCGUUGCCAUGACAACUGGUUACUUGCUUCCUUAUAAGUCGAUGGUCCAAGUCAGGAAACAGGUUAUUGUCGUAGUAACUGAUCACUGGCAGGUUUUGUGUUUUGAUGAAAACUUGCAACUGCUUUGGACACAACAACUGCGUAACAUGUCUGGCACGGCCCACUCACAGUUCUACAUGAAGUCUAUGUCGGUUUUGGUGUUGCCGUUCUCUGUGAAGAAGUCUGACACAGGAAUGAUCAUCGUCGGUGGUAGCUAUGGACACAAAGUUCACAAGGACGAACAUACAGACAAGAACGAAACCUUGUCGGAACCAAAGUCUUCAGAACAGCAAGAUACUCUCACACAUUUCUCUACGUUUGCUUUGAAUGGCUUAGACGGAGCUAUUCGAUGGCACCAUCUUCCCGGUGAUUUCAGUGGUAAAAGAUCAGAGGCAAAGACAGGACAUCACUGGAAGUUAGCACUCCGAAAGAACGGUCUGCAUAUUGGGGAACUUGGAUGGGACCAUUACAGAACGGACUUGAUUCAACAUUUGCCUCAUUCUUGGAACAACCUUAGAGAUACUAGGUUUGUUGCAGCACGGAUGGAAAAGCAGCUUGAUGAUCAAAGCAAGGACAACACUGAGAGCCGGCCUCAUCCUAUCCGAAGUGCUCUUGAAUCUGAACAUUUAGCUGGUUAUGCCCAUGGAGGCCAGCGUCCACACAACCCCAGUGACCACAUCCCUGAGCCCAAUGCUGUGAUUAUCUACAACCAGUUUGGUAUUGAAGUGUUGAACUUGGUAUCGGGACGGCCUAUAACUAGACUGUCUCUGCCAGUAGAGGGAGCCACCUAUGUGAAUUUUGAUGGUGAUUUUAGCAUCGAAGCUGUUUCUUCUGGUGGCGCUGGAGGUCGUAACCCAUGUUAUAUUGAUGUCCACAGAUUUUACCCCGAGAAAGAGAGCAUAAAUCAGAUAGCUGUAUGCGUGACUAAAAGACUGUUUUGGUCCCGUUCUUGGAGUUACGAAGAAGAUGCUAACCGAUUUCUUGCUCCGAUAGUGGUGAAAAGUGUGGCCAAAAAAUCUGGUAUUCUUCAGCAUUUGAUGGGGCACAGGUUACCGACCAAUAAAGUAGCCUAUGAUAUUGUGACUGUGUCCAGUUCUGGGAGAGUGACUUCUCAUUCUUCGGAUGGAGCCUACCAAUGGCAGACGCAGACUUCAUCAUCUUGGUUUGAAGAAGGUCGUGCUGCACUAAAGGAUAAAGUUUCAAACAUAGAGCGCUGGGAGAUUUACACAAAAUCAUUCCUACCAAAUUAUCAGUCCCUCUCUCUGCAAGUCUAUGGGACCAAGGAUGCCCUAGUAUUUGCUGGGUGGAAACGGCUCACAUUGCUUGAUCUCAAGGAAGGUACCAUCCUUGCAUCUCAUUCCACACCUUGCCAUCCAACCGCUCCACUGGUUAUUGGAGACUUCAACAACGAUGGAUGGAAGGAUAUAAUUCUCACAUGCAAAAUGGGGUACAUUGGUUUCUCCAUUGAGAAAAAGGCCAGCCAUUUGUACACCCUGAUGUAUGCAACAACUGUUUUUCUCUCAAUCAUAGUGGUUACCUGGUUAUUACAUGCUGAAGAUCAGGUUCCUGAAGACAUUGACUGAAAGGUGUGCCAGACAGAGUAUACAUCACAGUUGAGUCUUUUUUAGCUCCAUUGAUUGAUCAAUAGUGCCAGAGAGAUUUGAAAUGGUAUUCUUCUGAAGCUUAAGUUUCUCCAAAGCUGUAGUUAUGAAAACAUCAACAACAUCUGUGAAAUCGGACAAUAUAAGUAGUACAAGUUCAUACUUAGAAGAAGUCGAACUUAACUCCAGCAAAUGAACCCAACACAGAAUUAUUUCAUCUAAAUUAAUAUAACAUAUUUCUCACACAGUCCAUCAUAGGUGAUACAAGACCAAGCUCUUUAUUGUAAAGGUGUAAUCUGUACAGCAAAAACAGUACAUAUUUCGCAGUGAUAAGAGUCUGCUGCAGUUUAUUCUUUUGGAAAUGUUAUGUAAUAUCAGUUAAGUUUUUUUUUUUCUAGCAGUUGCAGGAAAUUGGUGCUGAAAAUAUAAAACGAAAAUAACUUAACCAUUUUGUGACAAUAUUUCUAAUGAAACAUUCAAAAUGUAUUUCAGUUAUAAAAUUUAUUUGUAAUUUGGAGGGGUUGCACUAAAAUAACUUACCUUUUAUUACGUUGGUGUUUGGAACAUAGCAAAAAAGGGUUCUUAAAUGAUUUUAUGAGGGAAGGUUUUAAUUUAAAUGUGGACAUUUUAAAAUGGACAGUUUUGUAUUAUAUAAUCUGGGAUUGUCUUAAGGGGGUCAGCACCAAAAGGAUGAAAUAGUUAAGGAACUCAGCACAUAGAUAUAUAUUAAAAAGGGUAAGAAUAGCAUAUGGAACAAUUUAACAAAGUUGGUAUGAAUAUACUUUUGGGAUAAUCUAGGUCUUCAUUUCAGUUAGUCUAAUGCUUGAUAUUGUUUGUAUUUUUUUUGUUUGUUUGUCAUUUGACAGUGGUCAUGCUGGAGCUCUGCUUUCUUAACUUUUUAUUUAAAACUAUUCUACAACCUUUAUUUCCACAGUAGCACGAAUGGUGUUGACUUUCUGCAACUUUUCUAUUUAUAUACCUGAUGAAGUAAAUAACAUUCCAAGUUGACACCCUUCAUUUCACCUGUCGCUAGGAAUAAUGGAUGAGUGCUAAGUUGGUUGCAGCAAGAAUAAUAUUUAUCUUGCUUAAGAGCACAGCAUAAUGGCUACAGCAACAUCUGAACUUAUUUUUUGUAUUGCAGGCUACAAAUACACAACAGCUUAUUGAAUUUUUUAGUGUGAUGGUUCAUUGUGUGAAGUAAUGGUAUUUUCAUUCCCUCACUGGCACUGUAUAUCAGAGUGCAAUAUGAACAUUGUUGUAUAAAUAAGUAUAAUAGAGAGGCAUGUGCUAUUGUCUCGGAGUGCAUUGUGAACUUUGCUUUAUAAAUAAGUGUCAUAGGGAAGUAUAAGCUACUGCUGUAUGCAGUAUGGUAAUUGACAAAGGCUUGUUAGCUUGCUGUGCAGAGUUCACAUCCAUUCAUAAGUUUUCAAAGGAGGCUGAUAUCACAGUUUAUUUGUAUUAUUAAAAUUGGUGCCUUCGUGACUAAUCUCUGAAUUCCAAAAAAAGUCAAACAGUUAACCUCUUGGGUUUUUUUUUAUAAUUUCUUUUUACUGAGAGA